AUGGAGAACUACGAAAAGCUAUUCGAAAGCAUGAACCUGGAAGAUGACAACGCGUAUGAAAUAAUAAAAAAAUGUGAUGAAAAAAAAUUAAAAAAAAUUCUGUACAAAUCAAUACAUGACCCCAACGUAAUGCCAAGUUAUUCAACCUUCAAUUUGAGGGGAAAACGAUACAACAUAUCGAACGUGUCUGGGGAGUCCAUCAAAAAAAUAGAGAAACAAAAAAAGGUGAAAGAAUUACAAAUAAGCUAUGAAAAAAAACUCCUAAAAAAAGGAGAAAAAAAUCAAAUGAUACCUUCAUUAAAUGAAAUAAAAAAAGUCAACCCAACUUUAUUAACAGUAAAAAAAAAAAAAAUAAAAUAUAAGGACCCAUUGCCAGACAGAAAUGAUAUUCCACUCAUGAACAUAACGGCCGACGUUGAUUACAUAUAUGAUAAUGCUGUGGAGGUUAUUCAUUCCAAACCUGUCCCAGUAAAAAAAAAACAGGGAAAAAUCCUGUUGAGUGAAAACCCAUUGACGAAGGAAGAUUAUGGCAAAGUCAGUCCAUACCUCAUUGAAAUAAAAAAUGAAUUAAAGGAAAAGGAAAAUUUGAAAAAGCAAGACAUUAUUGAUGAAGAAAAAGUGGCCGCUGAUUUGGACGCGAAAAAGGAAAUCUUGCUAACACAACUGAAAAAUAAAUACAACGAAAUUAAUAAGGAGUAUUUGAAAAUAUCCCAUGUGGUGGAUAUCAACUCUAUUCGGAAAUUAAAAAAAAAGGAAAAUUAUGAAAAACAGCUAAACCAGCUGGAAAAGGAUAUACAGAAAUUGGAAAAGCAAGUCUAUUGA